GUGGCUUGAUAGACCUGGUUUAUUGUGGAUCUUAUCGGCUCGAUCCCAGUCGAAUACAUCGUGAGUUUUAACACGAACGGCAUCACCAGUGUUGAACGCAAAGCUUUCAAAGCUUCCAUAAAAUAUAUGAAAGUCCCGGUACAGUCAACAAAUCUACAUGUGAACUUUGACUUUUGAACAAACAUCUUACUUGCUCAUGUCACGUAGAAACUAUUUCGUGUCACUCGGCUCAUCAAAUUCGUUCAGAAGUACAUGAAAUUCGCGUACGCUGUCCAAGUAUUUGCAUGUUAUAUUUCCUUCAUUCACUGGGUCGCUUGUCUCUGGGCUGGGCCCAUGUUGGGAUUGACUGACGUGGAAGACGACCAGCUUGCGUACAACGAGGCACUUUAUUCAGCGGUGCUUCUGAUGCUCAAUAUCUCCGCAGCUACAGUGGAGCCCAAGUGGCAGUUCGUGAGUGCUCUUCUCGGCGUUGUUGGAUUUUUAUUUCAAUGCUUGACACUUGCAAGCAUUACAGCUGGAGUGAUCGGCUCCAGUUCGCGUGCACUGCAAUACCAAGAAAAAGUUCGGAUGGUUAUGAGCGACCUGAAAGCGCUUCACGUCCCCAGCGAGCUUCGAAAAAGUGCUAGAAAUUACUACGAAACACUCUGGCGCAUGAAGAACACCUCAGACCGAUACGAGAAGGCCAUCUACGACGACGAAGACCUGUCUCCAGCUUUACGCUCUGAAAUCGCGUUGUACAUCCAUCGUAACCUCAUUGCCACUGUCCCUCUCUUCCAAGACUGCUCUGAUUCGUGUCUUGCUGCUUGCGUUAUGCGCUUAAAAACGCAGCUUUACAUGCGUGGCGACGUCGUUUUCCACAAGGGCGACCCGGCUAACACCAUGGUUAUCAUCAGUCGAGGGAAAGUCAAAGUCAUCUCACCCGAUAAUGAAGGUCUUCUUGUCGUGCUCAAGCAGGGAAGUUUCUUUGGAGAGAUUGGUCUGUUGCGACAUACCACGCGCUCUUGUACAGUGAUCGCAGGCACCUUUUGCGAACUGAAAUCUUUGGAGAGAAAUGAUGCCGAAGAAAUCUUCGACGCGUAUCCACAUAUUCACGAUCGGCUCUUUGCUGAGGCUGAAAAGCGUCGACUCGAUACGCGGUUAAAAGCACGGCUCUACAAUGUCAAAAUCCUGGACAACGCACACGCCGUGGAUGUUAGCAGCAUCGUCGAUGGCCCGGAAGGAGGGACAAACAGAAUAUCUUUUGUCGACGGCGCAGAUGACAAACCUCCGGCCACGUCGUCUUCCGGGUCGGGUGGUAAGCCAUCACGCUUCAAUUCCUUCCAAACUGAAGACGGCAUCGCUGUCAACAGUGAACUAGACAACAUGAACAUCAACUUAGAAGAGAUCCAGCGGUUGGUCGAAAUGCUCAAAGACACACAGGGUCGACUGUCUCGCGUUCAGGAACGGCGACAGUCGCUUCACAUGGCGCUGAACUCUCCAACGCCCGUCAAUAGUAUCAACUCGAUGCUAUUCACGCAUACAUCACCUCCACCUGAAUCUAGAACAGGCACUCACCAUCGAGAUUCUCUUCAAAGCGUAGAAGAAUUAUUAAACCAGCGAGAUGGAUAACUACCUCAUAAAAGAAUUAUCAUCACGUAA